GGCAGUGAAGGUAGAUCUUGUGAUUGAAAAGAGAGACGAAAAUAAUUGAACAAGUACAACAAAAAUAGGAAGAAAUGGCAGAUAUAAAAGGAUCAUCAACUGCUGGUUGUAAUGACAAGUGUGGUUGUCCUUCUCCUUGCCCUGGUGAUAAUACUUGCAGGUGCACAACAUCAGGAGGAGAUAUGGAUCACAAGAUAUGUUCAUGCGGGGAGCAUUGUGGGUGCAAUCCGUGCACUUGUAGCAAGACGGAGGCGACGGGCACAGGCAAGGCUUCCUGCAGGUGUGGGAGCGGCUGCACUUGUUCAACAUGCUCUGCUUGAGGAGAGGAUGGAACAGUGAUGUUGUUUGAAAGUGUUUUCAUCAAGAGUCAACUUUUAUGAUGAGAGUAGAGUCUGUAGACUCUGUACUGUACCUUUUAUAUGAGCCUUGUAUUAUGUAUCAGUUUGUUUGGGUAUCUGAAUAAUAAAAGUUUCAGUUCAGAACUUCAACUUGGCAGGUUUA